CCCUACAGGGUACAGAGUACAACAGACGCUGGUUUCCUUCUGGGUCUCAUAUUUGGAAAUUUUCUUAAUAGAUACAUUUUCAGUUGAGUGCAGUGCAGGUACCAGCCAAAUUUUUCUAACAGAUUUUCUGGACACCUCUGUUUUCUUGAUACUACAUCACAUCAUCAUCAUCAUCAUCAUCUCUGAACACACGGACGCACGCACGCACGCACCCACCGCAGCUUAAAUUUAGAUUAGAUCUGAAAAUGAAGUGAACAUGGACAGAUUACAGGCAUAUACCUGUAUGCUCUGCUAGUGCUUGGGGGUCAGGGAGAAUUUCAUUCUUUCUGUGCUAAUGCAGAACAUCCAUAGCAGGCCAUUUCGUUGAUAAAAUCUCAACCCCAAGACACAAAAAGGAAAAAGAAAAAAAUGAAGAGAUUAUGGAGGGUACAAGUGCUGCAACACGGCAUCUUUACUUUGUUUCUGCGGCUCCUAGUCCUUCCUUGGACACAAGCUAAUGAUGAUGUGCUCAUGUUGAUGGCUUUCAAGAAAUUCUCUGUUACCUCAGAUCGUCAUGCUGUCUUGGUUAACUGGACUGAUACUUCUUCCAGCCCCUUCCUCCCUUGGACACAAGCCAAUGAUGAUGUGCUCAUGUUGAUGGCUUUCAAGAAAUUCUCUGUUACCUCAGAUCGUCAUGCUGUCUUGGUUAACUGGACUGAUACUUCUUCCAGCCCCUGUUCCUGGCAUGGAGUCUCUUGCUCUCUUGAUGGCCGUGUUUCCACUCUCGACCUCAGCUAUGCAGGUCUUGUUGGCAGCCUGCACCUCCCUAAUCUCACCGCCAUGUCCGCCCUCCGCCGUCUCUAUUUGCAAGGGAAUUCCUUUUCCGCCGGGGAUCUCUCUGCCUCGUCCUCCUGCAUGCUCGAGACCCUCGACUUGUCUUCCAAUAACUUCUCCGACGCCUUCCCGGGCCAAGGGCAAUCCUUCUUCUCUUCUUGCGAUCGUCUGGCUUAUGUUAAUAUGUCUCGCAAUUCAAUUCCUGGGGCUGGGGGUAGGAUGCCUUUUGGUCCUUCUUUGCUGCAGCUUGACCUUUCUCGCAAUAAGAUUUCUGAUUCAGCCCUCUUGGCUUACUCUCUUUCUAGUUGCCAGAACUUGAAUCUGCUCAAUUUUUCUGAUAACAAGCUCGGCGGGAAGCUCAGUGUGACUCCCAUUUCUUGCAAGAAUUUGUCAAUUCUUGAUCUCUCAUACAAUUUGUUAUCCGGGGAGAUACCGCCUUCUUUUGUGGCAGACUCUCAGAGUCUCAAGCAUCUUGAUCUCUCAUUCAACAACUUCUCCGGCAACUUCUCCUCCCUCAACUUCAGCCGCUGCAGCAACCUCACCGUGCUCAAGUUAUCUCACAACAACCUUCCUGAUACCCAGUUCCCGACGAGUCUGGCUAGCUGUACACUUCUUGGGGUGCUUGACUUGUCCCAUAUGGGCCUGAAAAACAGUAUUCCGGGUUCCUUGUUGGGAAAUCUCAAGAAUUUGAGGCAUCUCUCUCUGUCCCAUAAUCAGUUCGCUGAUGAAAUCCCUCCCGAGUUAGCACAAGCUUGCACGAGUCUUGAGGAGCUUGACCUUUCAUCCAACAAGCUUGAAGGUGGCUUGCCUGCGCCUUUUAGGUCAUGCUCUUCUCUGCAGAGUCUGAACCUGGGGAACAAUCUGCUCUCAGGAGAUUUUCUCAAUACAGUUGUGAGUAAUCUCAAGAAUUUGAGAUAUUUAUAUGUGCCAUUCAACAACAUAACUGGUUCUGUGCCAUUAUCUAUCACCAAUUGCACCCAACUUCAAGUGCUCGACCUCAGUUCUAAUGGCUUUACAGGGACUAUCCCUCCAGGAUUCUGUUCUUCCUCAACCUCAGCCCUGCAAAAGAUUCUUUUAGCCGACAAUUAUCUCUCAGGAGCAGUGCCGUUGGAGCUUGGAAGCUGCAAGAACCUAAGGACAAUUGAUCUCAGUUUCAACAGCUUGAUUGGUACUAUUCCCUCAGAGAUUUGGACCUUACCAAAUCUUUCGGACUUGGUUAUGUGGGCGAAUAAUCUCACUGGUGAGAUCCCAGAAGGCAUUUGCUCUAAUGGAAGGAACUUGGAGACCCUCAUUCUCAACAACAAUCUCAUAAAUGGAACCAUUCCAGAGUCCAUUGGCAACUGUACUAAUAUGAUAUGGGUGUCACUUUCCAGCAACCGCCUUACUGGACAAAUCCCUGUUGGUUUUGGAAAUCUUCAUAAACUUGCUAUCUUGCAAUUGGGUAACAAUUCACUUACUGGACAGAUCCCUCCAGAACUAGGUAAUUGCCGGAGCCUCAUUUGGCUUGACUUAAACAGCAAUGCUCUAUCUGGAAAUCUCCCACCUGAGCUUGCCAACCAAACUGGCCUGGUCGUGGCUGGUGUUGUUUCCGGGAAGCAAUUUGCGUUUGUAAGAAAUGAGGGUGGAACAGCAUGCAGGGGUGCUGGAGGUUUGCUUGAAUUUGAGGGGAUGCGACCAGAGAGGCUUGAAGGUCUCCCAAUGGUUCAUUCUUGCUCAUCCACUAGAGUUUAUUCUGGUUGGACUGUUUAUACUUUUUCUAGUGGUGGUAGCAUGAUAUACCUUGAUCUCUCUUACAAUUUCUUGUCUGGAACCAUUCCUGAGAAGUUUGGUACAAUGAACUACUUGCAAGUCUUGAAUUUGGGACACAACUUGCUAACUGGGGAUAUUCCUGACAGCUUUGGAGGUUUGAAAGCUAUUGGGGUUUUAGAUCUCUCUCACAAUCAUCUUCAAGGCUAUCUGCCAGUUUCAUUAGGGACUCUCAGUUUUCUCAGUGACCUUGAUGUUUCCAACAACAACCUCACUGGUCCAAUCCCCUCCGGAGGUCAGCUGACCACUUUCCCAGCAUCCAGAUAUGAGAAUAAUUCAGGCCUUUGUGGGGUACCUAUGUCUCCGUGUGGCUCUGGAAGCCCCUCAACAGAAUUACAUAGUCGGGGAAGAAAGCAAUCUAUGGCAACAGUAAUGGUGGUUGGCAUCACAUUCUUUCUCUUCUGUAUCAUUGGACUUACAUUAGCUCUAUAUCGAGUGAAGAAGAUUCAAUUUAAGGAGGAAACAAGAGAGAAAUAUAUUGAAAGCCUUCCAACUUCAGGUAGCAGUAGUUGGAAAUUGUCCAGUGUUCCCGAGCCCUUAAGCAUCAAUAUCGCGACAUUUGAAAAACCUCUUCGGAAGCUCACAUUUGCCCACCUGCUCGAAGCUACAAAUGGUUUCAGUGCCGAAAGCUUGAUUGGCUCAGGAGGGUUUGGUGAGGUGUACAAGGCACAACUGAAAGAUGGGUGUGUUGUUGCAAUUAAGAAGCUACUUCAUGUCACAGGUCAGGGAGACAGGGAAUUUGUGGCAGAAAUGGAAACUAUUGGGAAGAUCAAGCAUCGAAAUCUAGUUCCUCUGUUGGGGUAUUGCAAGAUUGGAGAGGAGAGGCUUCUUGUGUACGAGUACAUGAAAUGGGGGAGUCUGGAGUCUGUUCUCCAUGACAGAAGCAAAGGAGGUUGCUCAAGGCUUGACUGGGCAGCCAGAAAGAAGAUUGCCAUUGGGUCAGCACGAGGUCUUGCAUUCCUUCACCACAGCUGUAUACCUCACAUUAUCCACCGAGACAUGAAAUCUAGCAAUGUCCUUCUGGAUGAAAACUUCGAGGCUAGAGUUUCUGAUUUUGGCAUGGCAAGAUUAGUGAAUGCCCUUGAUACUCAUCUUAGUGUGAGCACUCUUGCAGGCACUCCAGGUUAUGUUCCUCCUGAGUACUAUCAAAGUUUUCGGUGUACAACAAAAGGUGAUAUCUACAGCUAUGGUGUUAUACUGCUGGAGCUUCUCUCAGGCAAGAGGCCUAUAGAUCCAUCUGAGUUUGGUGAUGACAACAACCUCGUUGGAUGGGCAAAGCAGCUUCAUAAAGAGAAGAGAAGCAAUGAGAUUUUGGAUCCUGAAUUGAUUACGCAAAUGUCUGGUGAGGCUGAGUUAUACCAUUAUCUAAAGAUUGCCUUCCAAUGCCUUGAUGACAGGCCGUUCAAGCGUCCAACUAUGAUUCAGGUAAUGGCAAUGUUCAAAGAGCUUCACGUCGAUUCAGAGAGUAGUGACAUCCUUGACAGUUUCUCACUGAAGGAAGAUGCAGUAAUUGAAGAACCACGAGAGACGGAACCUUAGACACAUAUAUAUCAUUCAACUUUGAUUGGACUGGAAAGAUUUUGUUCUUGCUGUCUUGCAUGUGAUGGUGCAGAGAUUUUGUGCAUGCAAUGGCAACCAGUUGAAUCUGUUGAAUUGGGGAUAUAAUAUAGGUAAUAUCAAUCACAUUUUGCCUGUUGUAAAUAAUAGAACACUGAAUGUGACAGAAAAUUAAGUUCAAAGAAAGCAUGAGAGGGAACAGAGUAUAGGGAUCAAUGCUAGAGGCUGGGAAACUUAUGUUUGCAUUGAACGUUGUUUCUGUUGCUAAAGACUUGAAAACCAUCUUCCUUUUGCAGUAACUUCCUUUUUUUUUUCUUCUUUUCUGUCACGGUUUUGCUAACUAGCUAGUAUUUAUUUUUAUUUUUACAAGGGCCAAUUGCUCUUACUGUUUAUAGUAGGAACUUAGAAUGGAAGAUAUCUAUCUAUAUCUAUAUAUAUCCUGCGGGGAACAUAUAUACUGGCAAAGUGUAGCAGUGGCAAUAUCAGGAAAAUUAAGUUGUCGAUAAUAUAAUUGUGUAAUUUGCAUGUAGAUUAGUUUGUGUUUCCUGAAAUUAACCCUCUUAAUUUCAGGUGACUUUUCAAGCUCCACCUUGAUUCAGUCAGCAGCAUAUAAACUUGCUAUAUAUUCUUUUCUCUUUUUGAUGCAGCAAUCAGCAGCCCUCUCCAAUGCAUUAUGUAUACGGCAUUCUAACAUCAGUAUAUCACGGUAGAGCCUUUAAUUUUGUUUCU